AUGCGGCUCUUCACAGCAGCUCGUAUCGCCACGCUGCGUUCGUGUGCUGGCUUCGGAGCUAUGUCAGCAUCGACUCGCAGAUUCGCGUCAAGUUAUCGUCGGUUUGGUCAGCAAAAGAUGAUCCCCUUCGAAGGCGAGUCACAUGGUCAGACAAGCUCGCAGCGGCCGCGGAUAGCUUCAGAGUUCAAGUCACGAUUCAAUCAGCUGCAUCCGCGUACCCGCCUCGUGCUCAUUGCUGUCGGAACCGGCGUGCCUGUUGUCUAUGUCUACAAUCUAGAGACGGUCGAAGCGACAGGCAAACGUCGCUUCCUCCUCACUUCGGAGGAUUAUGACAUUGAGCUGGCAGACCAGGCUACAAAAGAUUUACUCAAGCAGUACAAAGCUCAAGGAGCAAUCUAUCCGCCCAAUUCCCAGCAGGCGCGACAAGUGACGGAAGUAGCCAAGCGGCUGAUUGCCGUCUCGGAGCGGGAGAGAGCUCAGAUGCAGAAGCCGGGGAAGGCCGUCAACUGGCACAUCUAUGUCAUUAAAGAGCCAACACCGAACGCCUUUGUCCUUGCCAAUGGCGCAAUAUUCGUUCACGAUUCAAUUCUGAAGCUUACCGCCGGCGACUCUGGACUGGCAGCCGUACUUGGGCAUGAGAUCUCUCAUCAGCGAGCUCGUCACACUGGCGAGCGCAUCUCGAGCGGAAUGCUUGUCAAUAUUCUGGUGCUUGCCGGGACCAUCGCUUUGGGACAGGAUACCGCGCAGAUACAGAACACACUACUCCAAUUGAUGAUGACGUUGCCGAACAGCAGGCGACAGGAGACGGAAGCCGAUCAACUUGGCCUGAAACUCAUGGCAAAGGCUUGCUUCGAUCCGGCUCAGGUCACUGCCUUCUGGCAACGUAUGGCUGCGCAAGGUGCGCAUCAGCCGGAAUUCAUAUCGACGCAUCCGACAGACACCACUCGCAUCAAAAAUAUUACCAAAUGGCUCCCGGAGGCGCAGCAAAUACGCGCUGAGUCCUGCAUGGGCGACGUAACGAAUCUUGCGCGCACAACGUAA